AUGGAUUUUGAAGAAGUUAUUGAUAGGGUGGGAGGCAAAUCCUCUGUUUGGCAUCACUUUUUGAGAAACAAGAAUAAAAGUGAAGCAAAAUGUAAAUUAUGCCAAAAAAUAUUAAAAUCAGCCGGUGGCAGUACCAGUAGUCUAGAAAAACAUCUGAAAAAUAUUCACAAAAUAAAUUUAGGGACUGCAACGGUCACAGCUCCCGCAAUUUUAACACAAAACAAUGAAUCAACUUCGAAAGAAUAUCACGAAGUACCUAAUAAGAUUACUAAAUUGACUGAUUUCUAUGAAAGUUAUGCGAAUCCAAGUAUGCAGGUGAUGGUGUCUCGUAUGGCUUCGAUAGAUGGAAUUCCUUUAAGAACGUUUGCAAAAUCGCAAGAUUUAAAAUAUCUUUUUAAUAAGAGUGGCAUGGAAUUACCGACGACAGCUGACACCAUUCGAAAUAUGAUUCUCAAAGAAUGUGAAAAAAGGAAGGCAGAAGUAUCUAAUGAGAUAAAAGCAAUUUUAUUAGAUGAAAAAAAGUUUUCUAUAUCGUUCGAUGAGUGGACAUCCAAUCAUAAUAGAAGAUAUAUAGGGCUUACUUUGCAUUCACCUAAUUUCGCUAAAGAGAACACUUUUCGAAAUAUUGGACUUAUAAGGAUUUUUGGAUCUAUGAAUGCAGCAAAAUGCGUAAAACUAAUUGAGUCCAAGUUAAAUGAAUUCGGCAUAUCUUUAACACACGACAUUGUCGCUCAAACAACAGAUGGUUGUAGUCUUAUGGUCGCAUUUGGGAGAUAUAUUAAGUCCUACCAUCAGUUGUGUAUUGCUCACGCAAUUCAGCUAGCAAUCGUGGAUGUUCUGUAUAAACGUAACAAAGAAUUUGAUGAAGACACAGAUCCAGAACCGCUGCAGUUGGAACAAGAGCAGUUGCCUGAAGUAUACGAGGACGACGAUGACAAUUUGCCGCUAUCAGAAUUAGCUUUAAGAAUGCAAGCUGGAGAAAUUUACGAUGAGACUGAUCCAACAGCAGAAAAUGACGAAGAUGGUGUUGAAUUCAAUAACGAGUCAAUACUUUUAGAAUCAAGUUUUGAGGUAUACCUGGUAUACCUCAAAACUUGA